AUGCGGGCGGGCAAGCGGCGAGCGCAAGGAUUGGCGCCCGCGAGCGCGACGAUUGGCCGGGAGAACCACAACCGUAGGCUGCAGUUCCCCAUCAAGUCCUUUACCUCGCUCACCAUCCCGGACGUGAGUUUGGAGGACUCCGAGCACCUCUACCCCCUCGCCUUCGUCAUGAGCAUGGCCUGGCUGGCUGUCUUCGCAUACCUCGUGGUGGCAGCCUGCGACGGGAUCCACGAGGACUUUGGCAUUAGCACCAGCGUGUUGGGCUACACGGUGGCGGCGGCGGGCACUUCCUUCCCCAACGUCUUCAGCGGCAUGUGCGUGGCCAGGCAGGGAAAGACCACCAUGGCAGUGGCCAAUGCACUGGGCGCCAACGAAGAUACUUUUGGCGGCCUGAAGCGCCGCGGCACAGAGUCCAGCGACAAGCCCACGGAGGCCAAGCUCAGGGAGGCGGCAGAGGCUUCGCACGGUUUCCUGAGCGUGCGGGCCUUCGUUGCGACGAUGUCGGCGGGCGGAGUGUUCUAUGCCGCCUACACAGCCGACAAAAUGGCAAGGGCGUGGCUCGGGCGCGCCGCCCCCGCGGUGACGAAACAGAAGUUGACGCUGGCAGUCCUGGCACGCGCAGCUGGCGUGCAUGCCGCCAAGGCGGCGAGGAUGUGA